AUACAAGGACCUCCCGCCCCCACCUACUGUCAACCAAUCAUGUCAAUGCAAAGCGAUACAGAGCCCUCCGCGAAGAUACAAAAUUUGAGCGGCACACGGCGAUGCGGCACAGAGCUCCAAUUCCCUCUGUACGGAGCCUCCUGAUUGCUUUGGUGGAGCAGGCAGAAAUGGGCUUUAAGACCCAAGGCAUGACAAGUGCAGCAAAAUCAGUAGGCUAGUUAUUGGUUUCGUAACACUUUAUUAAAAACGGAUUACAAUGUUUCUCUCUAAGCAAUUUGAUUAUUUAUCUUUAGGCUCCCCUAAUAUAUAUCUAUAACAUUUAUAGAUCUAACUUCAUUGGAUUAAGCAUAACUUUUUCUUAUUUGUGAAAUAUUAGAUCAAUUUACCUCAAUCAUUUUGUUGGAGUGAUUUUAUUAGACAGAUUACAUUUUUAGCUGAGCAAGAGUAGUGGUAGGCACGAAACGUGGCGAUGCUUUCAAAUUAUGUAGGCAACGCCACGCACAUUUACGUGGCAAAGGCACGCAUGUGUACAUGCAUGUGAGGCAUUCAUGUAACCGAAGCCUGCAAGAGUUUACAUGGUUUCAAAUCAAAUCGUAUGUACCAGGUGAUAGAAAUGUAAACGGCAGAACCAACACUAAAAGAAGUCGGGUAAACAAUACGUUCUUGUGGGUGUAUUUUGUCUCAAAUUUCAUGCUGCUGAAGGACCGACCGCACAGACAACCGGUAUAAAUUCAAAUGUUAUUUUAUUCAACAUUCUGACAAUGUUGCAUUGCUAUGUUUCGGACUGUACAAGCAGAGGUGUAGGCUACAUAACCAAUGAAUUGGCUGAAACCUCCUUUACAUGCUAAAGACUAUACAAACAUCUAGAAGCAGACUAUCAUAACAUAAUAUUAACAGGCCUUUCUCAAGCAGACCGGUAGGUGCAUUUUCAACACGAGAGACAGGCUCAUAGCCAUGGGAAGUAGGGUUGCUGAGGGUCCUGCAGCACCCCUUGAUAAAUCUAAAUAAAAUAUUUUAAAAUGAUUAUACAUUAACAAAAUGACAGAAGACUCUGGGGAAAAAAGAGGUACACACUUCUCAAGCAUCCUCGGGUGGGCACGCAAGGACCUGUAGGAGCAGAGCUCGAGAAGGGCCAACAUGAAGUCAACAAAGUAUCCAAAUUAAUUUUACAAACUGAAGAAAAUAAUUUAGCUGGAGAUUCAAAAAUAACUGGAGACGUUGCUAGCCAUAAGGGGAGUAUUUAGCAGCAGUAGCCUGCACAGAGAAGAAGGAUGGAUAUUGCCAUGUCAGUGAUUACCAUGUGAUGUGCAGCCUACCCCUUUGCCUGUCUACCCAAACUCCUUGCUCUGGGAGAAGGUUGCAAUUGUGGCAGCAAUUCGGAUCGUUCCUGCACGUAGGUAUUCCAGCAUCUGCAGGAACCCCUCUUUAUACUUAUAUUGGUCCAUUUUUAAGCAAGGAUUGCAGUCUCAGCCUGAAGUAUUUAGCGAACAAAGAACAGUGGAAGAAUUCCGUUUGAGUCAUCAGGCAAACCGAAACUAUGGUCUCUACAAUAACCUGUGUCACCGUCAACAACUUAAAACUCCCCUCCUCAGGUGAACCACAGGGUAAAGAGGGCAACCAGAAGAUCAGGGAAAAGUGUAAACUGUACCUGGACAGAGUGGAAGAACUACAGGAGUAUAUCGAAAAUAAAGAGAAAGCCAUAGAUCUGGCCAGCAAGGCGGCCCAGGAGGAUAAAGCUCAGAAUUACGACGAGGCCCUGCGUUUAUACCAACAAGCUGUUCAGUACUUCCUACACGUAGUGAAAUAUGAAUCCCAGGGCGACAAAGCCAAACAGAGCAUCAGGGCCAAGUGUGCCGAGUACCUGGACAGAGCAGAGAAGCUCAAAGAAUACCUAAAGAAGAAAGAGAAGGCUCCACCUGCCAAGCCUGUGAAGGAGUCCCAAGCCGAUGACAAAGGGAAUGAGAGCGAUGAAGGAGACAACCUAGAAAAAAAGAAGUUUCAGAACCAACUUUCAGGGGCUAUCGUUAUGGAAAAGCCAAACAUCAAGUGGAAUGAUGUUGCCGGAUUAGAGGGAGCCAAAGAGGCCCUGAAGGAAGCUGUUAUUUUGCCAAUCAAAUUCCCACAUCUUUUCACAGGCAAAAGAACGCCGUGGAGGGGGAUCCUACUCUUCGGUCCUCCUGGAACAGGAAAGUCCUACCUGGCUAAAGCUGUGGCCACAGAGGCUAACAACUCCACCUUCUUUUCCAUCUCCUCAUCUGACCUGGUAUCCAAGUGGCUGGGAGAGAGUGAAAAGUUGGUAAAGAACUUGUUCACCCUUGCACGGGAGCACAAGCCCUCCAUCAUCUUCAUAGAUGAGAUAGACUCGCUGUGCGGCUCCAGGAGUGAGAAUGAGAGUGAGGCAGCUCGCCGCAUCAAGACAGAGUUCCUGGUUCAGAUGCAGGGGGUUGGGAAUGACAACGAUGGUGUACUGGUGCUCGGGGCCACCAACAUCCCUUGGACGUUGGACUCUGCUAUCAGAAGACGGUUUGAGAAGAGGAUCUACAUCCCCCUGCCCGAGGAACACGCCCGCACCUUCAUGUUCAAGCUCCACCUGGGCGCCACCCCCACCAGCCUCAACGACUCUGACUUUGUCACCCUGGGAAAGAAGACAGACGGGUACUCAGGGGCUGACGUCAGCGUCAUCGUCAGAGACGCGCUUAUGCAACCAGUCAGAAAAGUUCAGUCAGCCACUCACUUCAAGCGGGUACGAGGGCCAUCGAGAGACAACCCCGACAUCAAGGUAGAUGACCUUUUGACCCCUUGCUCUCCAGGAGACCCGAAUGGCAUCGAGAUGACAUGGAUGGAAGUCCCUGGGGAAAAGCUAUGUGAGCCAGUUGUUUGUAUGUCUGAUAUGCUGAGAUCCCUGACCAGCACAAAGCCAACAGUCAAUGAUCAGGAUUUGGACAAACUGAGAAAAUUCACAGAGGACUUUGGACAGGAGGGCUAAAUUGGGUCAUUUUAGCCAAACCAAAGCAAAUAUUAUUGAUUGUCAAGUGUUCCUUCUCUCCUCUCCGUCUUUUUCCCACUCUCCCCCCCAGGCUCUGUUGGCUUAUCACAUGACUGCUCUACUAAUAGAAAUAUAAUUACUAGAACGGACCUCUCCAUUUAAGUAAUCUAUUUCUUUGGCUCGACUGAGCUUGGUCCAUUGGCCACAAGGGGUUAAACAAAGACGGGUAUUUUCUUAGAUGCUCCCCAUGUCCAAAGGAUUAUGGAUCUCUUCACAUGUCUGAGGUAGACUAGAUUGGUGAAUGGAAAGCUACAUGGCAAGUAGGAGCAUUGGUGCAGCACCUUGGGCUGAAUCCUAAUAUGUAAACAAUGCUCAACUCGAGCAUUUGCAUACAUCAUGCUUUGAAGUCAAUGGGAGUUUGAUCUGGAAGUUGCCGAUACAAGCAUGUUAACAAAAUUAGCAUGCUUCUCUUUGUAUAGAGUGCUUAUUUAACUUGCCCAAUAAAUAUCUGCGCUAAUUUUCCAAUUACCCAUCCAAUUUCCUUCAAUCAAAUUGCACUUCACUUUUCAGUGUGAGCACCGAUAUAUUCCUCUUCUUUUUGUACAGGAUAUUUUUCAAAUAUUAUUGGUGGAAUUUAUGACGGUCUCAAGGUGAUGAGAAUUACAUGGGUUUGGAUACUUGAAGCACAGCAAAUGUACAGGUGUAGGAUCUUAAUUUGAUCACUCUGUUGCUGCAGGAAAUGCAAACUUCUGGUAUAUUCAAGGUUUAAAAAUACUUCUCAAGUUUGUAAUUUCCACUUUAAAAUGUCAGACUUGAUUUGCCCUAAGGAAAAAUGUAUCAACACCUGUUGUUGCAGGAUUAUUUUCCUGCUCUGAAGAACUGGUCAUAUUAAGAUCCUGCAUCUGUAUGUCAUUCUACAUACAGACAUUUGUGGGGCUUCGGCUACGGUUAGAAUAAUUUACACACUCUGGAUGGAAGUUGGUUUGGGACAUAUUUUAUAUGUACAUUUGUUUUUCCCCUCCAGAAGAAAGGCUACUCUGUUCAUUGUCAUCAAACUGUCAGGAUCAUCAACGUUACUGGACCAGAAAAACCUUUAUAAUAUAGUCACGGAUUCAAUACUUUUUUUCCCCCCUGACCAUCCACACACUCUACAUGUAACCCCUUUGCUGAUCUUCCUAACAAGAACUAGAAAGAGAUGAUGCUGUACUGAGAUCCAGUCAAACUGUCUAACAGUGUUGAAACAACGCGACUGAUAUGUUGGUGUGAAUGGAAUUUUGUGGGUAGCCUGAAAUGGACAUUUUAGGCACAAAAGAACACCGUCAUGGCAUCAUGUCCUUUUUGUUAUUGCAUUGGAAUGCAGUUCCAAGCAGGUACUUGGUUAUUACCUUUUAAGAUGUGGCCAUUUUAAGUGGCAAUGCACACCAUGUGCCUUCUAAACAAGUAGCAAGAUCAUAUACAUUGUUUUUUUGUUUCAUUUUUUUUAUUUGGAAGUUGAUAUCCAGUAAGACACAGCUAUAUUGUGUAUUUUGUCAUUGAUGCUAUGAAAUAUAUAUUUGCACAUUUCAUGUAAACUGGCUUUUAGAGGUUGUUUCAAGGUGUUGGGUACGUCUUUGGUGUGGUCUUCACUUUACUGUAGAAGAUGUCUUGUAGAGAAUGAUACAGUAUAUCAGCGAGUGGAAAUGUCCUCAGAAUUCCUCUGCCGUGCAUAUGUAAAUAAAAGUCAUAUUAAGAUUUGA